UUUUUAUGACUCAUCGUUUCAAGGCCAUAAACGUCAACUUGUCAAAAAUCAGUUUUCAAUUCAUUGCAAAAACCCGUUAGAAUUUUAAUAAAAAAGUGUCGAAAAUGCCGGAAGAAGUUGCAAAACCGACUGAUGAUAGCAAAAAGAAUUUAUGGUCUCAAAUUUUGAGUGACGUUCAAAACAACGGUAAUCCGAAAUUGCCCUCUUGUAAGCAAGUUUUGGUCCUGGGGGACAAUGAGUGUGGCAAGACCACGAUUGUUGCGAAGUUACAAGGAGUGGAGGACCCCAAAAAGGGGUCUGGGCUGGAGUAUGCUUAUAUCGACGUUAGGGACGAUUACAGAGAUGAUCAGACCCGUCUCAGCGUGUGGGUACUAGACGGCGAUCCGGGGCACACCGACCUCCUCAAAUUUGCCCUAAAUGAAGAGACAUUCCAACAUACCCUCGUCAUUCUCACCGUAACCAUGACAGCUCCUUGGAGCAUCCUCGAGCAGCUACAACACUGGGCAUCUGUCUUAGCCGACCAUCUCGAUAAACUAAAACUCGACGUUGACUUACGCCAAAACCGGCGUCAGCACAUUGUGAAAAUGUGGCAAGAAUAUGUGGAACCGGGGGACGAACUCGACCCGGCUUCCCCUAUGAAACGGAGCUCCAGGACUUUUGGAGAAGGGGAAGACGGCUUGGAGGAGCAAACAUCGUUGCCUGAAGGCACUUUGACCAAUAACUUGGGGUUGGAUAUCGUCGUAGUGGUCACCAAGACUGAUUAUAUUCAGACAUUGGAGAAAGAGCACGAUUAUAGGGAUGAGCAUCUGGAUUUUAUGCAGCAGUGGAUAAGGAAGUUUUGUCUUCAGUAUGGGGCGGCGUUGUUCUAUACGAGCGCAAAAGAAGAUAAGAAUUGUGAUUUGUUGUAUAAAUAUUUGACUCAUCGCAUUUACGGUUUUCCAUUCCGAACACCAGCCCUAGUGGUCGAAAAAGAUGCAGUUUUUAUACCGGCUGGAUGGGAUAAUAUGAAUAAAAUCCGAAUCUUGUACGAGAAUUUGCACACUUGUAAACCUGAUGAUUAUUUCCGGGACAUAAUUGUGCAACCUGCGACCCGGAAGACAAUAAACCGCGAAACCGAGCUUUUGGCCGAAGACGAACAAGCUUUCCUCGCACGCCAACAACAGAUUCUCUUUGCUGGGGGUAACAACCUUCAAGGACCACGUCUUGGUGAAACCCCUAUAAGGUCAUCACCACUAGGAAAAGCAACGGUAAGAACAACUCAAGGCUCCCCAAAGAAGUUGGAUGGGUCCAAGGUCGUCAGCUCGCCAGGUGGGGAAGGGGUGUUGGCGAAUUUCUUUAAUUCGUUGUUGCAUAAGAAAACUGGUUCGAGUCCGGGGAAUUCCUUUGUGAAUAAACCCGGAGGACCGGAAUCGAUGGAUAAGGCGACUAUGCGCUCCGACGCUGCAGCUGAGUUAGACAGAUUGGCCCGCGGGGGGAAGAAGUCUGGGCCUUCAAGUGGAAGCGGAGUCGACUUUAAUGCUUCCGAUUGUUAAUUUAUUUUGUUGUUUUUUUUACACUCUUCUGCGAUAUAAUUUAACUUAACUGUAUUAUUAACUUAUCAAAACUAUAUAAUAAAAUUUUCUUUAAUCAGU